AUGUCGUACGCUCCGCCUUCCGGGCCUCCCCCGCCCUCCGUACCUGAGGGAUGGAAAGCGCAGUAUGACGACCGAUACCAGGCUUGGUACUAUGUGGACCUCGCCACGGGCAAAUCGCAAUGGGAUCGUCCCGAAGCUCCUCCGCCGCGCGAUGAUGGUAACCUUCCACCUGAUGCUGCCCCACCGUCAUACAACAACGCUGGCCCUGGUGAUCCAGCAGCGCUAGCCAGCGCCGGGGACAAAAAGCAACACCUGGGAUCAAAUAACCCUUACAACCCGACAAUGACCGGGCCAAGCAAUGUCGCCCCUAACACGGUGGACGAAGACGCACGACUUGCCGCCAAGCUCCAAGCCGAGGAAGAUGCCCGGGCCGGCGCCUCAGGAGUUGGGGCCGGACCCGGAGACCGCGGUGCCUCGUCAGAUUAUUACAACAACGCUCCGCGGCCACAGUCCACCGGCCCAGGCGGAUAUGCAGCAAGCCCAUCGCAAAGUCCGAUCCCCGCGCAGGAACAGAAGCGCAGCAAAGGCGGAUUUUUCAGCAAGCUGAUGGGCAAGAGUUCCAGCUCAAGCAGCAAGCUGCAUCGACCACAGCAACAGUACGCCUCGUAUGCCCAGCAGGGCCCUCCACCUCCGCAGGCCCAAUACUAUGGCGGCGGCGGUUAUCCUCCACAACCUGGGUUCCAGCCUGGGUAUGGACCUCCUGGACCGGGCUACGGAGGAGGGUACGGAGGAUUCCCACCGCAGGGUGGGUAUUACCCGCAACAGCCGCCUCGUAGGCAAGGUGGAGGAGGCAUGGGGACUGCAGGUGCCGCUGCUCUGGGUGUUGGCGGUGGUUUGCUUGGUGGUAUGCUGAUUGCCGAUGCUAUUGACGAUCAUGAGGACCAUGAUGAUUAUGGCGGUGGUGGUGACUUCGGAGGAGGCGAUGACUUUGGAGGUGGUGAUGACUUCUAG